CCAACUCUUCAGCCACAGUCUCUUACUAAAGGAAGACAUUGCCAGUUCUGUUCCAGCAGAAAACAAGACUUUCGCAAUGGACUCUUUAGCAACAUCAAUCAACCAGUUUGCCCUAGAGCUUAGCAAAAAGCUAGCUGAAUCUGCUGAGGGUAAAAAUAUUUUCUUUUCUCCCUGGGGCAUCUAUACUUCCUUAGUCAUGGUAUAUUUGGGCACCAAAGGCUCCACUGCAGCCCAAAUGGCCCAGGUGCUUCACUUUAACCAAGAACAAGACAGCAAAUCUUGUCCUGAAAGUGAAAAGAAAAGGAAAAUGGAAUGCAAGGUUGAAGAAACAUAUUCUGAUUUCCAGAAACUUAUCUCAGAAAUCAAUAAGCCAGGCAAUGCCUACAUACUUAAAGCAGCCAAUAGGAUAUAUGGGGAGAAGACUUAUCCGUUCCACAGUAAAUAUCUAGAAGUCAUGAAAAAAUACUUUGGGGCAGAGCCACAGUCUGUUAACUUCGUGGAAACUUUUGACAAAGUCAGAAAGGAGAUCAACUCUUGGGUUGAAAACCAGACAGAGGGUAAAAUCCUGGAUCUUCUUCCUGAAGACUCUGUGAGUUCUACAACCAGGAUGGUUUUGGUGAAUGCCCUUUACUUUAAAGGAACUUGGGAACAUCAAUUCUUAGUCCAGAACACCACUGAAAAGCCUUUCAGAAUAAACAAGACCACAAGUAAACAAGUGCAGAUGAUGUCAAUGCAAGAAAAACUUCCAGUAUUUCACAUAGAAAAGCCACAAGCCAAGGGCCUCCAACUCUACUAUGAGAGCCGUGACCUCAGCCUGCUCAUACUGCUGCCAGAAGAUGUCGAUGGACUGGAGCAGCUGGAAAAGGCCAUUACCUAUGAGAAGUUAAAGGAGUGGACCAGACCAGACCAGAUGGAGUUGUAUGAAGUGCACCUACACCUCCCCAGGUUGACAUUCAAAGAGAGUUACGAUCUCAAGUCAACCCUGUGCAGUAUGGGGGUAAUUGACGUCUUUAAUCCAGGCAAUGCUGAUUUCUCAGGAAUGUCUGCCAAGAGAAAUCUGUAUCUGUCCAAUGUCUUCCACAAGUCUUUUGUGGAAAUAAAUGAAAAAGGUACAGAGGCUGCAGCUGGCACUGGGAGUGAGGUGAGCAUUCGAAUUAAACUCCCGCAUCUUGAAUUUAAAGUUGACCACCCAUUCCUACUCCUUAUCAAGCACGGCAAAACCAAUGGCAUUCUCUUCUUUGGAAGGUUCUAUUCUCCCUAAAUCCUGCAUAUCUCUCAUUGGACAAGACCAUUUUAUAGUGUUUAAAAAUCCCAUAAGAUGGAAAAACACAGUUAUAAAAAAAAAUCACUUUGCCUUCCGGACCUUUUUCAUGUUCUAAUCUUGAAAGAAUGCAUUCUACAGAUUCUUUCAUGUCUAUACAGCUAGAGAGGAUGAUAAUUUUUAUUUUUACUACAUGAACAGCAUUUUGUCUUAUUGUGUAUUUUAUUUACAUUUAUCUUUUAACAUUGCAGAACUACCAUGUUAUUCAAUGGAAUGCCUUAGACUUCUUGAGCUACCCAGUGAUUCCAUUAUCAUUGUCACUUAAUGUACUUCACAUACACCAGUAAGUGAAGAAAAGCCUUUAGUGAGGCCUGAUUUCUCAGGUGUAUUGAUAAUGAUAUAUAGUUAAAUGUAUGUGACAUUGAUAAAUAAGAAAUCUCUCAAGAAUAGCAUUUGGUAGUUUAUAAAUUACCCCUGUACUAUUAAAAAAUGCUAUGUGACUCUUAAAAAAUACAUAUGUUGACAUUAGUGGAAAAACUAAUGAAACCCAAAUGAAGUCUUGUGUUUUGUUAAAUGUAAUGUGCUGAUGUUAGCAUCUUUGCUUUGACCAAUGUUCCGUGGUAACGUAACAUGCUCCCAUGAAGGGAAAAUGGGUGAGCACUGUAGGGCACCCCCUGCAUUAUUAUCUUUGCAACUUUUCUGUGAAAUUAAAAUUAUUCAAAAGUAAAACUUUUCUUAAAAAUAA